AGGCUGCCUUGUAAACUCUCUCUCCUGCUCCUUACCACGCAGCUCCGUUAGAAAGAUUCUGCUGCCACCUUGUGGCCAACUCUAUCAUCUGCAAUUUCUCUCUCACCCUCUCUCCCUUCCUCUCUACCCUCUCCUUGCGUUCCUAGCUCUGUUGGCCGUUGCCCAAGCAACGCAGUCUCGUUACCAUAGCGCAGGUGAGAUCGAGGCAGAGACAAACAACGUUGCAGCGCUAGGGCAGCUUCCUUUGGCACUCAACCGCGACAAAAUGAAUCUUUUUUCUAGGGAGGGUCAGGUGAAGACCAUGGAGACCACCGUGAGCCACACAGAGAAGUUCCUCGGUGAAUUCUGCUCGCUGCUGGCCUCCUACACCAGGAAGACAGCCAAGCUCAGGGACAAGGCCGACCUGUUGGCCACUCAGCUGCUCCACUUCGCCAACACGGAGGACCAGGAGAUCCACACCGCACUGAAGAACCUGGCCGAGGACCUGGCCAUGGUGCAGGACUACCGCCAGGCUCAGGUGAGGGACCUGGAGACCAGAGUUGUCAGUCCACUCAAAGCUUACGGAGAUAUUGUUAAGAGCAAAGAGGGUGAGGAGAGGAGGGAAAACCCCGACCGGAACCGAGAGCUGAAGGAGCUGCAGAAGCUGGAGAAGAUCAGGCAGAGGAACCCAGCAGACAGACAGGUCAUCUCACAGGCAGAGGUGAGUGCCCAGAAGGCCACUAACAACGCCCAACGCAGCACCAGACAGCUGGAGGACACCAUCACUGACUUCCAGAGACAGAAGCUGGAAGAUAUUAAGAUAAUCUUCACAGACUUCAUCACCGUGGAGAUGAUCUUCCACGCCAAGGCUCUGGAAGUCUUCUCACACACCUUCCAGAACCUGGAGUGCAUGGACAUAGACAAGGACAUGGAGCUCUUCACUGGGAGGGUCCGGGUGUCGAAUGGCCUUCUGGACAACAUGCCCCUGCUGGCCCCCCUCUCCUCCUCCUCUCUGGCCCCGCGCUCCUCCUCCUCUCUGGCCCCCCGCUCCCCCUCCCCCCUGGCCCCCUUAGCGCUAGUUAACUACACUGACUGGAGAGAGGUGUGUUCUGUCCCUAGGCCCACCCCCAGCACCCUGCGGCGACAGAGAGGCGUGGAGGAGGAGGAGGAGGAGGAGGAAGAGGAGGAGGAGGAGGAGAUGUACGAGUCAGAGAUCGAGGAGGUUCAUCACACCCCCAGACUCUCCUACGCUGCUCAGUACUCCCAGAUACACAGGCAGCAGAAGUAAUACACACAAACAUACACACAUAUACAUACACACACAUACACACACAUAUACACACCGAUGCUGUAGACCCCCUGACAGCUGAUAGGUUGUGAGCUUGUCGUCGGUCGUUGCGUCAGGACCGUGUGUUGUCCCUCCUGUUGAUGCUGCAGUGCUGCUAAACACACAUCUGCAUGGAGCCGUUAGA